UACGAAAAAUAUCCACUGGAUCAAUCUAACUGCUGCUACUGAAUACUCCUAGUUAGUUGUUAACAUACUGGCUCAAUCAACACAGCAGCAGCUCCCGCGUCGAUAAUUCUGUCAAAUUUCAUCGCAAAUGCCGAUUUGCGAUCCCUCAUCGUCUUCCACAGGCGCUGGCUCAACCAAAUUGUGGAUUAUCCACGGCGUGGCGGUGGUGGCGGCCGCUGCUUUGGCGCUUGGCGCUCAUUAUUACAUGUUUUAUCGGCGAUCCGGCGAGUUCCGGAGCCGCGUAGUCGGAAUUAUACCCGCCCGCUUUGCUUCUUCUCGCUUCGAGGGCAAGCCUCUCGUUAACAUCCUAGGCAAGCCUAUGAUCCAGAGAACAUGGGAAAGAGCUAAAAUGGCAACCUCAUUGGACCAUAUUGUUGUGGCGACUGAUGAUGAAAAAAUUGCUGAUUGCUGUAGAGGUUUUGGGGCCGAUGUGGUAAUGACAUCGGAUUUGUGCAGAAAUGGGACUGAGCGCUGUAAUGAAGCACUUAGCAAGUUGGAUAAGCGAUAUGAUGUUGUUGUCAAUAUCCAGGGCGAUGAGCCCCUCAUAGAACCUGAGAUAAUAGACGGCAUUGUCAAAGCGCUUCAGGCUGCUCCAGAUGCAGUCUUCAGCACUGCAGUUACUUCUCUAAAACCUGAAGAUGCACGUGAUCCAAAUCGUGUAAAAUGUGUGGUGGAUAACCAUGGAUAUGCAAUUUAUUUCUCUCGAGGAUUAAUACCGUUUAAUAAGUCCGGGAAUGUCAACCCUCAGUUUCCAUAUUUACUUCAUUUGGGGAUUCAGAGCUAUGAUACAAAGUUUCUCAACAUAUACCCAGAGCUGCCUCCAACUCCCCUUCAGCUGGAGGAAGAUCUUGAGCAACUGAAGGUUCUUGAAAAUGGAUACAAGAUGAAGGUGAUAAAAGUCGAGCAUGAGGCCCACGGUGUUGAAGUCCCAGAAGACGUAGAUAAAAUAGAGAACUACAUGCGUGAAAGGAACCUGCAUUAGGUGUAUAAUUUCUCACAGGAUACAUGCUGAUUUUGCAUACAUGAUGUGCAGGAUGGUUUCAAACCUCUUCUCCAAGGCCUAUCCAUUUCUAGUUUAUGGAUAAAUGGUUUUCUUUCUUUUCUUUCUUUUCUUUCUUUUCUUCUUUUUCUGGCAGAGUUAUCAGACGAAGACUAAGGGGUUAUGCACAUUAUGGCUGUAAUUUGAAUACUUUUUUGGAGUAGUGUAAAGGUAGUAUGGAUGGUUUUGAUUUAAGUUCUAAUAUUUUCUAUGUAAUUUAUGAAGUUUUAUUGAAUUA